AUGGAGUCGGAUUCGUUUGACGCGUUCUGCGACUUCUGUCGCGAGAACUUCAAUGAGUGCUCUCCAUGGGCCGGUGGUGUUUACAAGGCCACAAGAAUUCGCAGCAUAGCUAGCCUGAUGACUUCACGGGCACAAGGCUGUUCUCUGUGUCGUUUGAUCCUAGUACCUACGAACAUUGGUUUCCUGGGUCAUGACCAUGUUGCGUUCGAACUAGGGCACUCAGAUCGAUUCCCUGAUGUGCUUGAACUUCGAUUCAGACCGAGUUCCGUAGAGGGCACUUCAAGUGGAAUUUACAAAUGGAUCGAUCUGAUAAGGAUUAACAGUGUUACCUACCCAACGAUAAGACAUCUUCCUCAUCAAUCGACGUGGCCCCGGCAAACUCGAACACAAGCGAGCAAAUGGAUUACGGAAUGCUGGGAUCGUCACCAGCUAUGCCACUCUCAGCUACCUAAAGCAAAGAGACAGACUACAAGGCUUCCGACCAGGCUCAUCGAUGUUGGAACGGUGUCCCGGCCUUAUGCUCGCCUUGUACAUUCAUCAAAUCUUUCUAGCGAAACGCAGUAUAUGACCUUGAGUCAUUGUUGGGGUCAGACAUCCUCGCUAGUCCUGCGCAAGGACAAUUUUCGGAAAUUUAUAGCCGACAUCUCCUCCGAACUUCCAAUAAUGUACGCUGACGCCAUCCAAGUCACACGGGAGCUUGGUAUUCAAUAUAUUUGGGUUGAUUCUUUGUGCAUCAUUCAAGAUUCAGAAGAGGAUUGGCGGCACGAAUCUGCUCAGAUGGACAAAGUGUAUUCUAAUUCACGCUGUACCAUUGCUGGUGCCAUGUCGAAGAAUAGUGAUGAGGGCCUAUUCUUUGAUAGAGCAGUACCGGCAGCAACUCCGUGCAAAAUCUCGUGUACAUGGAAUCCCAAUCACCCAGAGACAUUUCUCUGUUAUGACGAUUCUCCGUGGAUCGAUCUGGAGUUCGGACCACUAUAUUCACGGGCAUGGGUGGUGCAAGAGCGUCUUCUAUCACCAUGCAUGCUUCUAUUUGCAGAUGACCAAGUAUAUUGGGAGUGCUCAGAAUUGAUUGCUUCGGAUUCUUGCCCUUCCGGCUUACCACUCCUCAUCCAUCGACUGAAAUCUACAUGGUCAUCGGUAGUCCAAUGCCAACCUCUACCCUUAGGUAAUAUAGUUCCUGCCACCGAAGCGGAGCUCUCACUCUCCAGGUCAAACGCAGAGCUUGGGGAGAGCGCAAUAGAACGGCUAAUGGGCGCUUGGGCAUAUAUCGUCUCUGCAUAUACGUAUGGUGGGUUGACUUUCACAUCUGAUAAGCUGGUUGCUAUUUCAGGUCUUGCUCGUCAGAUAAGAAAAGUCCUCGAUGCUGAAGCGGAAGACUAUCUCGCCGGUCUUUGGAGAUACAAGCUUGCAAGACAACUCUUAUGGUCUAGCUCUAAUCAGGCAGAAAGCAAGCAAGUUCGAGCUCCAUCAUGGUCGUGGUCGUCAGUGGAUGGAUGGGCUACACCCGUCUUCUUGGAGAUUUUGGAGUAUGCAACCACACGCUUAGAAUAUUGGUUGGAUACUAUAGUAAUUCUGCAGGCGUCGACCUACCCUAUCGCUGACCCAUUUGGUCCAGUCAGUGGAGGACAUCUCCUUGUACAAGGACCAAUUUGUCGCAUAAAACGUCCCACCGAAUCAGUAAAGGAUCCGCAUUGGUGGCGUAAUGCACAUACAUUGUUCACCACAAAGGAAGGGAUAUUGAACCUGGGUAAUGCGCAAUGCUCGUGGUCAAUUGAUAAUCUAAGCCCGGAUAAAGUCGAAGUCGAUUCCGUGUACUUGAUGCCUUCUGCUGUGGUGCGCUUCGCUCGCAGGGUGUUACGUGGAGAGACUUCGUCAACCUCUGGGAUUGCCAAAACCUCACCAAAAAAAGACUCCACCCGUCGUCUCGACUCAAGCCUGGAAGAAAACGUUGGUGGCUUGGCUAUGGUAAAGAUGCUCGCUGUGAAGGGGCAGUAUCAACGCAUUGGCGCAUUCAAAUUGACGCACAAAGGCGCACAGGCGGACUUACGCAAAGCCAUAGGUGCACGUACAUUACGCGAGGAGGACUACCUUGACUUUGAUGGCAGUGAGAGCUAUACUAUCAAAAUUGUGUGA